AGGCCAAAACUCCAUCCCACCAAAACAGGCAGAAAUUGCAGGCGGUCUUUUAAAACAGCUCUUACACUAAAGGAGCAUUAUUUAAAUUUUCACACCUGCACAAUUUAUUGUGGAAAUAUAUAUAAAACAUUUAAAUCGCGUUUUUGACUCCGCUGAACCUUUAAAAGAAAAAAAGGAUGGUGAUCUGCACAUCGCACACUUGAGAAUACCAGGUUGGGCAAAAAAAACGAAUCAGGUGGGAAUACAACCAUGCUUUCAGUAGGAAAGCAUUUUCUGGUUAUAGACAGUUUUGAGGUGAGUGAAUAUAUUAACCAGAAAAAUGGCAGACUUGGAAAGUGUCUAAUUUUUUAACAAUUAUAAUACAACCAACAGACGUUAUACACGACAAGCCUACAGUUGCAUUCAUUGACAUAUUCUCAUUACACCUCUCAGCAAUGAGCAUCAGCCUCAAGACACACAGACACACACACUAUAUUUCCCUGCGUUCAAACACACACACAGAAAGAGAGAGAUCAUUAAUUAGGUGUUUUUUUCAUUAAUUAGAUACAUGUAUUUGUUCUUUGAGAGGGAAAUCCCGUUUUACUGUACUUUCGGUUUCAAUUCAGGCAUUCCAGCCUACACACACCGAACCGCAAUGGCGUUACUACUUGAAGAACUUCUUACAGAUAUAGGAAAAUAUCUCACAUGUUCAAUAUGCCUUGACAUUUUCACUGAUCCAGUGACUUUAACUUGUGGCCACAGUUAUUGCAUGAAAUGUUUAGAGGAUUGUCUACGUGGAAGAGCGAAGACGAAGAAGGAUUGUCCCGAUUGCAGAGGAAAAAUUCGACCAGGUUUUAAACUGUAUAAAAAUGUUACACUUUGUAACAUCGUGGAUGUUCAUUACAACCAUAAACGUUUUGCAUCCACUGAAGAAUUUACAAAAGGACAUGAAAUGGAAGCAGACUUCAAUAAGGAUAAAGCUGAAGAAUGUGUGGCCUCACACUCACAACAGACUGAUAUCAACAGACCAUCUGAGCUUGGAGGUACUAUACAACAGCAACAGAUGGAGGACCCUGUUGUUAUAAAUGACACAAGCUCAGAAGUGACAGAUGACCGGUGUCCUGAUGUAACAGCCUCCCAUGAUGGCCGGGUUCAGGAGGUGCCCAUCUCCCCUCCCUCAAAUGACAGAUACAGUGCUGAAGCAGGCUUCGCCCCUCCACCCCAUCCCCUGCCUGGGGCCAGCUUCUCCUGGCUCACCUUCAACCCAGCCCAGGGCCACAGGUGCCUGACCUUCCUACCCAAUGAGCACAAAGUGGUGACCAAGAGGACGUCCUCUGCAUGCCACGACGGCCGCUUUGACAUCAGCCAGUGGAUGGCGGAGCAGGAGUUCAGCGAAGGCUGCCACUAUUGGGACGUGGAUACGUCGGCGAGCGUGGGCUGGGCUGUCGGGGUUUCCUACCCCAGCAUUGGCCGCAGAGAUCAGCUGGGUCGCACAGCCAACUCCUGGUGCCUGGAGUGGAGCAGGGACAAGCUGUGCUACUGGCACGAUAACAUAGGGGUGUUUAUCAAACAUGGCUGCCCCAGUAUCGUUAGACUGGCUCUGGAUGUGACGAAUGGGAUCUUGUCGUUUUAUAGCCUGUCUGACAGUCAGACUCUGCUGCAUUGUGUGGAGGAGGGAUUCACAGAGCCAGUGAGGCCAGUCUUCUGGCUGUUUGGGCUGAAGCUAAACAAUGCUCUGUCCUUUCCUCCUUGGGUGUCAUAAGGUGAUGUGAGGAUGGGGACAACAUAAAGAGUUGUCUGUUUAUCAAUGAGAUAAAUAAAAAACCAUUUUUAGUAAUGAAUAUAUUUAGCACAAUAUUCCUAUUAGAUGUCAAAAUAAAAUGACAAUCACCUA